CGCGCACCGAUGAGCGGAGCGUCUGUACGCGCGGGAUUCAUCAUAAGUGUUUAUAAUAAACUUCAUCGCGAUGCAGCAGCAGACGCCCGCGGAUAACGCGCGUCCAGCAGAUGAAUAUGUGAAGAGACGUCGUACAGCUGUGUGGUGUUCAGUUUCUCUCUUUGCUCUUUCUCUUCUGAUUCUUGUGAUGGGACUUCUGUCUGCUACACACACUGAUAAUGUGGCUGUGUCGGGAUAUUAUCCUGGGAUUAUAUUGAGUUUUGGAGCGUUUCUGGGGGUCGUGGGGUUAAAUCUGUUUGAGAAUCGCCGGCCGAUGUUGAUAGCGUCGAUUAUUUUCAUCAGUCUGGGUGUUGUGUCGUGUUUUCUCUGUGCUGUCAUUGACGGCAUCAUUGCUGCUGAGUUUAUUGACAGGAGACCGCUGAUGGAAGGUCGUUGUGAGUUUUUCUCCAGUAGUUCAGGUUAUGGUUAUGAGAGUUAUUACACAGAGGUCCAGUGUCAGUCGUAUGGUAAACAGUGUCAACUGAAAGUGAAGAGUAACACCUGUUAUUGUUGUGACUUAUACAGCUGUGAGAGUUCAGAUUAUCACACACAGUAUUAUGAGUUUACGGGUGUAAGGAGCUGUUGGGAUGUUGUGUAUCUCUACCGGUUGAUGUGGGCGUGCGUGACGCUCAAUGUUCUGGCUGUGUUUUUGGGAAUCAUCACUGCUGCCGUUCUGGGAGCCUUUAAAGAUUUGGCUCCUGUGGAUCAGCGUCAGAUGUCUCAGAGUCCAGCUGCACCUCCUCAUAUUCUUUAUAACCCCACUCAACAUCUCCUCACAUACGGUGGAUUCUGUCCAUCUGGACAAACACUACCAGGAUUCCCUGCUUAUGGUUUACCCAUGCAGCACAUGAACAAUUACCCAGCACUGACCUCAGGUCAGCCAAACCCUGAGACUUCAGCAUCAUCAUCAUCAGAUGAACCUCAACCUUCAGUCCAGAGCGGAAACCCAUCAGUUCCGAACCAAUCCACAUCUCAGGAGUCCGGUGGAUACAUGUUGACUCCAAACGCACCUUCACUUUAUCCAAACUCUUUAGGAGCCUUUGAGAAACCUCCACCGUACGCCUGUUAACGUCUACAACCAAUCACACCUCAUAAUCUACAUGAAGGAUCGGAUCUGAGUUUAGUUGUGUCUGUGUGAUAUUGGAUUAUUUUGUUUUGUGUUUCUGUCCCAGCUGGAGCUUCAGAUGUUCUGGGUUUAAUCCACAUUCAGUUGUUUGUUAAAUGAAGAGCAAUAAUUACUUGACAGUAUUUCACAUAAACUGUAAGUGAAUGAUGAGGAAUCAAAGUUAAAACACACACACACACACACUGUAUAAAUGAUAUAAAGAUGAUAGAUGUCUGUUGUUCGAUACAAUCAUUUAAUCCUGUUGAGGAUGUAAAGCAGGCAAACAUGAACAUUUUAACAAUAAGUAAGAAAAAGAAAAGAACAACAGAUACAACAGCUGUAAUAAACCAUAAACACUCCAACUUCAUCCAUCCUAAAGAGUCAUAAAUCAGUAAUGGCAUAGACACACGUUAUUGCAAUAUUGUACUAAAAACUAGUGUGUGUUAAAUUUGUCAUCUAUGAACGCUUGUAUGGAGACGAUGAUAUUGUUCUGUAGUGCCGCUGUUGUGACGCGAGAUCGGCUGUGCAAAGCUUACGAAGCAAUCUGUCGUCGCCUCCAUUAACACAGAGAGCGACACAUAACUAGUUGUCCUCAACGAAAGGCUUUUGCAAAAGGUGACGUUUGCAUCCCUGAAAAGAGAUUCAGUCGCAUUAAACCCAGAACAUUAAAUCUGCACAUCACUGAAUGUCUGCUGUGUCACAAUUUAGAUGAUAUUCAAGUGAUUGGUGUUAAAUAUAUUAACAUGUAGACAGACGUUUGAUAAGUUCUGGAUUUAUUUGAACUGAGAACAAACAUAAACCAAAUACAAAACCAUUCAGUGUACAAUGAUUAAAAACACAAACAAGAGACUAAACUAAAGUCAACUAGUGAAGACGAUGAUAUUGAUAUGAUGUUGAGCACCUACAUUGGCUGUCUGAAGGCCUUUAGAGAUAUGAAGGUCGUUGCAUUUUACAGUCACAUAUUUACACAUACAGUAUUUAUAUAUUACAGCGCUCUUAAUCUCAGUAGCUUGUGUUGUGUCUUAAUGUAAGCAUGUGAAUAAUAAAGACAUCUACAGUGUGUGUGUGCUGAACUUCAUACAGGAUCUGGGCUUAUGGUGCGUUUACUGGACCUGAAUGAAACAUCUCUUGAUUAUUGAAGUAAAUGUUAGAGACGGGCGGCAGUGGGUUUGAACUCUUAUUGUUGACCGCUCACUAUGGGACAGGAGUGAGAUCGAAUGUCAUUGUGCUUGUGUUGAGCUUCAUCCACGUCCAACAGACGACCG